AUUUAUGGAACAAGAAAAGAAAGGUGCUUCUAUGACCUAACGGUAACCGUACCAUUUCCUCUUCCCAGCUAGGGUUUACAGUUUCUCAGUAGGGUUUAAGGCUUGAGGGCAAACACAGAAUCUUUGAUUUUCAUCUGAAAGAAAUGGUUAAUUCAAUUGCUACUCUAACACGCAGGCUCUCUCGUUCCCUUCUCUCUAACCCUAAAUUCUCUCAGAUUUCCAUGCCCUUUUGUUCUGAUAACCUCUCCUCUAUCGAGGACUCUGCUUUGGAAGACUCCAAUCCCAAUUCGGACACUGAUACGAUGCCGAGUUCAAUCUCACAAUCAUCAUUUUCCUCAUCAACAGCAGCAGCUGCUUCGCCAGGGUCGACUGAGGAGCGAGUGGUCUAUGAUCGGAAGCUUGAGAAUGGCCUCGAUUUGGGCAUUUACAGGGCAAUAUUGGUGGGGCAGGUGGGACAGAUUCCAUUGCAGAAGAAGUUAAAAAGUGGGAGGAUUGUGACAUUGUUCUCGCUUGGAACAGGUGGGAUUCGCAAUAAUAGGAGGCCAUUGCAGAAUGAGGAGCCAAGGGAGUUUGCAAAUCGGAGUAAUGUUCAAUGGCAUCGGGUUUCAGUUUACCCUUUAAGAUUGGGGGCUCUUGUCAUGAAGAAUAUUUUACCAGGUUCAAUUAUUUACCUGGAGGGGAAUCUGGAGACCAAGAUGUUCAAUGAUCCAAUUACUGGUCUUGUCCGGCGUGUAAGAGAGGUUGCUAUUCGUCGAGAUGUACCGGUAUUCUUUCGCAUGGCUUCUUUUGACGUGUUUUUCAUUUUUAACACUCCAAGACAAUUUGGCAUAGAGGUCGGAUUGUGUUUUUGGGAAAAGGUGGUGAUGACCAGCAAGAAGGUGCAAAAGAAUUGAGAAGUGUUGGCUAUUUCUAGGAGCAUAACUUGAAAAGAUUCGGGAAAUUGUGACUUGUGAGCUUAAUGGUGGUGGCACUUUUCAAGAUUUGGUAGCCUGUUUUGGACAGGAUAGAGGAGUUUGCUAUGUAAUAAUAAUUGCAUGUUGUAACCAGAGGAAAGUUGCAAAUGCUUACAGCAAUAGCCCAUUGUCGAUCACAGAGCAACAAUUUUGCACCAAAUGGGAGGAAGUCGAGUCAGGAAAGAGGAAGAAAGUUGUGAACUGAAGAGUAAGUCGCAAGGGGGCGAGAGAAAAUUGAUGAGAAGACUAAAGAGUGACGACUGAAUGAAAAAA